CAAAACAAACAGGCUUUUAAAUUACGAUUCUACCCUUACUAGUUUCUAUCGGAAUUGAGACUUUCUUUUUCGUAGUUCAUGUGCUCUAACUUCAAGUCAAAUGCUUGCAAAGCUCCGUUCAUGGCCGCACAAAACCCUAAUCAAAACCCCCAAUUCUUCUCCGUUUAGUUGUUUCUCUCGUUUCUUAAGCCAUUCUUUCUCUAAUGACCCAUAUGAUCCACCAUUUGCUGUCACCUCCAAACCCACAAAAUCCAAACACAAACCCAAAAGGACGCCAACAAAAUCUACGGAGCCGAUUGUAGAACCGAAUGACCUAAAACUCCCAUUAAAAUCCGAUCUUCCUUUUGAAUUCCGAUACUCGUACUCCGAGUCCAACCAGGCCGUUGAGCCAAUUGGGUAUCGUGAGCCGAAGCGAUUUUCGCCAUUCGGGCCUGGUCGUCUUGAUAGGAAAUGGACAGGGACUGCAGCUCCAGUUCAAUCGGAAGUAGAUAUGGAGAAGGUGAUAGAGGAGAGGAAUCGGGUUCUUGGGGAACCGCUUACGGAGGAGGAGGUGGACGAGCUCGUGGAACGAUAUCGGCACAGUGAUUGUUCUAGGCAAAUUAAUAUAGGGAAGGGGGGAGUUACUCACAACAUGUUGGAUGACAUCCACAAUCAUUGGAGGAGGGCUGAAGCUGUGAGGAUAAAGUGCUUGGGAGUGCCUACUCUUGAUAUGGACAAUGUCUGCUUCCAUCUUGAGGAUAAAUCUGGUGGAAAGAUUAUCUACAGACAUAUCAAUAUCCUUCUUUUAUAUCGGGGUCGAAACUAUAAUCCAGAGAACCGGGUUGUUAUACCUCUCAUGUUGUGGAAGCCUUAUGCUCCUAUAUAUCCAAAGCUUGUCAAGAAUGUAGCUGAUGGCCUGACAUUUGAAGAAACAAAAGAAAUGAGAAACAGAGGACUAAAUUCUCCCGCCCUAAUGAAACUUACCAGGAACGGUGUGUAUGUGAAUGUAGUGGAGAGAGUGAGAGAAGCCUUCAAGACUGAAGAGGUUGUAAGGCUAGACUGCACUCAUGUUGGCACCAGUGACUGCAAAAAGAUUGGUGUGAAGCUAAGGGAUUUGGUGCCUUGUGUUCCUAUUUUAUUCAAGGAUGAGCAGAUUAUACUCUGGAGAGGCACAAGAGAUCAGCAACAAGAUCCAUCAGCUUCUUUAAUGUCGCCCUUACAUGCUUGAGUAGGUUAUAAAAUUGGCAAGGUGCGAUUUAUGACUGCUUAGAUGAUGAAGUCUUCUUGUAUACUGGUGGAUUGACCUGUUGUUCAAAAUUGUACUGAAAGCUAUUGUAGAUUAAUCUGAAUGUCCUUCAUUAUUUUGCA